GUGCCGGUGUGGAUCGGAUGUCGUCUCCACUGACCGGAUAGCGUUCAUGUAGAGCAAGUUUUGUUUUUCGAGUUUUCCGUACUCUUCGAUUUAUUUGAACGUUAAAGCUCAUGUCCUCGGAAGAACGCGAAAUACUGGCUGUAUGGACGACAUACUGGGAACAGUACAUUUUAAACAUUGAAGGGAAGUAAAAUUCCAAGCUCUUUGAAGUAGACCUCAAACAGUAUUCCGGUGAGCACCUUAUCGCUAAAGGAGUCGAGCUAGUCGAAGCGGCUAACGUUAGCCUCCGCUUUUUUGCGCUGUUUGGAGGAGCUCCUCCGAUUUCGCGAAGCCAUGGGGAACCGGGGCAUGGAAGACCUGAUUCCCCUCAUCAACAAGCUCCAGGACGCUUUCAGCUCCAUCGGGCAAAGUUGCAAUUUGGACCUUCCGCAGAUUGCCGUGGUCGGAGGGCAGAGUGCCGGGAAAAGCUCCGUUUUGGAGAAUUUUGUGGGCAGGGACUUUCUUCCGCGCGGAUCUGGCAUUGUUACCCGCAGACCUCUCAUUUUGCAGCUGGUCAACAAUAAAGCCGAAUAUGCCGAGUUCCUUCACUGCAAGUCAAAGAAGUUUGUGGACUUUGAAGAGGUGCGUGCAGAAAUUGAAGCGGAGACCGACAGGAUAACAGGCUCCAACAAAGGGAUCUCCAACAUCCCCAUCAACUUGAGGGUUUUCUCCCCGCAUGUUUUGAACCUGACACUGAUCGACCUUCCGGGAAUGACCAAAGUUGCCGUGGGAGACCAGCCGGUAGACAUCGAGCAUCAGAUCAGAGACAUGCUGUUGCAGUUCAUCACGAAGGAAAGCUGUCUGAUCCUGGCCGUCACGCCCGCCAACACCGACUUGGCCAACUCGGAUGCCCUUAAAAUAGCUAAGGAGGUGGACCCACAGGGUUUACGCACCAUUGGUGUCAUCACAAAACUGGACCUGAUGGAUGAAGGGACGGAUGCAAAGGAUAUCCUGGAAAAUAAACUUUUGCCGCUACGAAGAGGAUACAUCGGCGUGGUGAACCGCAGUCAGAAAGACAUUGACGGCAAGAAGGACAUACGUGCUGCUCUGGCGGCCGAGAGGAAGUUCUUCCUGUCCCACCCCGCUUACAGACACAUUGCAGAGCGGAUGGGCACGCCGCAUCUUCAAAAGGCUCUCAACCAGCAAUUGACCAAUCAUAUCAGGGACACACUUCCUGGUCUCCGCAGCAAGCUACAGAGUCAGAUGCUGUCCUUGGAGAAAGAGGUGGAGGAGUACAAGAACUUCCGUCCGGAUGACCCGACGCGCAAGACCAAGGCUUUGUUGCAGAUGGUGCAGCAAUUCGGUGUGGACUUUGAGAAGUGCAUCGAAGGCUCCGGAGACCAGGUGGACACUAACGAAUUGUCUGGCGGUGCCAAGAUCAACCGCAUCUUCCACGAACGCUUCCCGUUUGAGCUAGUCAAGAUUGUAUUUGACGAGAAGGAGCUCCGGCGAGAAAUCAGUCACGCAAUCAAGAAUGUCCAUGGUGUGAGAACGGGGCUGUUCACCCCCGACCUGGCUUUCGAGGCGAUUGUCAAAAAGCUGAUCCUCAAACUCAAAGAGCCCAGCCUCAAAUGCGUGGACCUGGUGGUGUCCGAAAUCACCGCCCUGGCCAUGAAGUGUGCUGUUAAGCUCAAUUCCUACCCAAGGCUGCGAGAGGAGACCGAAAGGAUCGUGACCACUCACAUCAGAGAAAGGGAAGGAAAAAGCAAAGACCAGGUUCUGCUGCUGAUUGACAUUGAGCUGUCCUACAUCAACACCAACCACGAGGACUUCAUUGGCUUUGCUAACGCGCAGCAGCGGAAUACAGCGGCCAACAAGAAGCGAGCCAUUCCCAACCAGGGUGAAAUUCUGGUGAUCAGAAAAGGCUGGUUGACCAUCAACAUUAGCAUAAUGAAGGGGGGUUCCAAGGAGUACUGGUUCGUCCUCACCGCAGAAUCCCUCUCCUGGUACAAAGACGAGGAGGAAAAAGAAAAGAAGUACAUGCUGCCCCUGGAUAAUCUGAAGAUCAGAGACGUGGAGAAAGGCUUCAUGUCGACCAAGCACAUCUUUGCAAUCUUCAACACGGAGCAGAGGAACGUGUACAAGGACUUACGGCAAGUCGAGUUGGCGUGUGACUCUCAGGAGGACGUGGACAGCUGGAAAGCCUCCUUCCUCCGGGCCGGAGUUUACCCGGAGAAGGACCAGACAGAGAACGAGGAUGCGGGUCCGGCGGACACGUUCUCCAUGGACCCUCAGCUGGAGCGUCAAGUGGAGACCAUCCGCAACCUGGUGGAUUCCUACAUAGGCAUCAUCAACAAAUCUAUCAGGGACUUGGUGCCCAAGACCAUCAUGCAUCUCAUGAUCAACAGCGCAAAAGACUUCAUCCACUCAGAGCUGCUGGCUUACCUCUACUCGUCGGCCGACCAGAACAGCCUGAUGGAGGAGUCGGCCGACCAGGCGCAGCGCCGGGACGAAAUGCUGCGCAUGUACCACGCCCUCAAGGAAGCGCUGCACAUCAUUGGCGACAUCACCACCAGCACCAUCAGCACCCCAGUGCCCCCGCCUGUAAAUAGCACCUGGAUACAAGAUGCCAGCCCAACCCCUCAGCGCAGGCCGCCCCCGUCCGCAGCCCCACCCCCGAGCCGCCCGCCGGCGGUCCGCGGGCCGACGCCGGGACCCCCCAUGAAUCCCUCCCCGGUUUUCGGCGCCGCACCGCUCAACCCCUCCUCGGGCUUCGGCGCCCCUCCAAUCCCCUCUCGGCCAGGCCCGGCACCCUUCAACAGCUUGCAGGACCCCUUCAGCGCGCCCCCGCAGAUCCCUUCCCGGCCCGCUCGCAUCCCGCCCGGCGUUCCCAGCCGAAGACCCCCUGGUGCUCCCUCUCACCGACCCACCAUUAUCCGCCCUGCCGAGCCCUCCCUGCUAGACUAGACCCCGUGGGCUGAACCCACCCUAAAUCUCUCCUGUGUGUCUUCUCUGUUUGAUCGGGGUGAGGAGGUGACAAUAACCCACCACAUAUCAGAUGCAUUUUCAGCAACCACAUCCUCCCAGUUGCUCGAUCAAUCAGCACAGAAGCCAUUGAUGAGCAGUGAUGAAAGCUCAACAGUUUGGUAGGGCCACUUUUGAAAGGAAUGAUGGUACAUUCUUAAUACGGCUUAUUAUUGUUGAACUAAAAGAAAAAAAAUAAGAUGACAUACACAAGUAAGAAGUCACCAUUGUAGUAUUUCAUAUUUUCUGUCAUCUAGGGGUGUCUUGAGAUAUGAGUGACCUGACCUUGCGAUCGUUUGGCUGCUCUUGUUGAGAUACCAGCGCUCGAUGUGGCGGUGAACUCCACUCAAGAAAAGAAAAAAAAAAGUUUUUUUUUUUUUUCAUUGCUUUGUAUUUUGAUCAAUGGAAAUUUGUUUGGAUUAACUCGAUAUCCUAGGGUCAUUUUUUUCAAUCUAUAAUAUGAAAACCUAAAUAUGAAACAGAAAAUAGAGAAUUACCUGUGUUAAUUCAAGCAAUCACACAAUGUUGUCGUCAUCUGCUAGCGUAAUGCUAACACAAUGCAAAACGUUAUGAACGACCCAACGAGUAGCAUUAAUGUUAAUAGUGCUACGACACUUGUAGCAACACAAACGAUGCAUCAAUGUGUAGGGAGACAGUAUAAUAUAUUCUUUAUUCGCUGCCAAAAGCGACAAGUAUUGCGGCAUCUUCCUGUAUUGUAGUAAAAGUCGUCUUCAUUUGUGUCUCCCUCAUUAUUCAUAAUGAUGUGCUUUGCUGCCCCCCAGUGGCCAAGUUGCGCACACCAAAAGGAGUUGCAAUGAAUUCAUCAAGACAAACUAAAUUAAAAUCUGCACCAAAACAGUCGAGUGCUGUUUUCCCUCACUUAGAAAAACUCAUUACAAAUGUUUGCUUUAUUUAGGGAAAGCUGGAAGGAUGAAAUCAUUCAAUCAUUUCAAAGGGGAAAGUCUAUUUGAAACACGAAUGUGGCUAAACUUGUAUCUCAAGGCACCACUGUACAACACUGCCCCCAUACUUCUGUGCAUUUUUUUUUGUUUACCUUCCUAUCGAGUGACAUCUCAAGAAUUUGACAGUCUUACAUUUUAAAAAGAAUUACCUUCGCCAUAUGAAGAUAAAAACAGAGGAUUUUCGUAUUGGUUGUGAAAGGGUUCAAACAUAUUUAUGUGUAGCCAAAUCUUCUCAUCCCAUUUGCUUCAAUUCUAAAUAAGCACGUCUUUUCUUUUUCCCCUCCCCAAGAAUAAACGUCGAAAUGUAGCUUUCAGCUCGUGAAGGACCCCCUUGGCCCCUCCACCCUCCGAGCAACCGCAUGCACUUUUCCCCCACUAUCUGUCGUGCUUAUGACUUUAUAGCCACCUCUAUGCAUUCAAACUCUUGUAAAUACUCAGAGAGGGGAGGUAGCACUUGUACAUCUCAUUGGGGCCACGCGCUUUAGAUUUCGACCAGGAGAGCGGGAAGCAUUAACAGCCACAUUGUGUGUCAUGUGACUAACCUUUAUUUAUAACCCGUCAUGUUUUUGGUUGUCUAUGGAAAGCGGGGGCUCGGUUGUCUGCUUGCUUUAAUUGAGGGUUUCCCAAACCUGUUUGAGUGGUCCCAUUGUGUAUUAGCAUAUACUGUACAUAAACCACUAAUAAAGAACACAUGAAGGCUGAUUGAACAUCA